AUGUGGAGCUGCGAGGUGGAAAAGAUUCAGCUGGAAGGCAGGGUCAACGAAGUGGAGGUCCCACAUGUGGUGACCCAGGAGUGUUUGGUAGAACUACCUCAGCCAAAGGUAGUGGAUGUGCUUCGCGAGGUUGCCAAAGUGCAGUCCAAGCAGUUGGCCAAGCACUUUGCAAGGCCUGUGGUGCAGUGGAAGGAAAGCAUCCGUGAGGUACCACAGACCACGCUUCGGGAACAGCUGCAGGAAGUGCCACAGCUGCGAACUGUGGAAGUCCUGCGUGAGGUCCCCAAACCGGAAGUGCAGCGGGUCGAGAAGCAGGUGGAAGUGCCUACGAUCCAGCUGCAAGAGCGCUUGGUGGACGUCCCAUGCGUGGAACUGCGGGAAGAGCCGACAGAGGUGGCCAAAGUGGAAAUCCGCGAAGUGGUACGACAAGUUCCCAAAGUAGAGGUGAAAUAUGUGGAAAAGAAGGUCCCCAAGCAGGUCAUCCAAUACGUCGAAAAGACGGUGGAAGUGCCUCAAGUGGUGUACGAGGAAGUCAUUGUGGAAGUGCCCGAGGUGGAAAUCAAGGAGAUGGUUCGGCAGGUGCCAGUUCCCGUGGUGCAGUACAUUGAUAAACCGGUGCCCCGACGAAGUCUACGAGCCGUUGAGAAGGUGGUUCCCUUCCCACAGGUCUUUCAUGAGGAACAGAUCGUGGAGGUGCCCCAACAGAUGGCCGUGGAGCUGGCGGUCCAGGUGCCCAAGGUGCAGUACACCACGAGUCCCAAGGAGUUUCCAAAGGUGCUGCUGGAAGCUCGUGAGGUGGCGGUGGAGGUUCCAGUAGUUCUGCGGGAAGAGCGAGUCGUGGAGGUACCACAGGUGCAGUCGGUUCCACUGGUGAGACAGAGACUUUGCCCCUCCAUGCAGGCAGUGGAUAAACCUGUCCCCUACAUAGAGACGCGGGUGCAAGAGCGUCAAGUGCAGGUCCCAUAUGUCCUGCAAGAGGAGGCCAUCGCCGAAGUUCCUCAGCAGCAGCUGGUGGAGCUGAGACGCGAGGAGCUGCAGCCAAUGGCUGAAGAAGUGCUGAAGCAGGUGCCCAAAUACCAAGUGGAGUAUGUGGAGAAGGUGGUGGAAGUCCAGUCUCAGGUGGCGCAGGAGACGUCCCCGUCUCGGGAGUCAAGAUCGCAGGCCGGUGGUACAGCCGUGGCGGUGUCAACCAUCUCCACCCAGAAAUCUGCUUCUUUGCAUAGAGAGAUCCAGGGUCUGGGUCUGGGUCAGUUCCAUGAAAGCACUUGCCCCAAGUGUGGCCGAAGUCGAGUGCAAAACUCAAGGUUUUGCCACGGAUGCGGUUAUCAGUAUGAGGCGUGAAGUGCGCGAGGCUAAUGACUGAAGUGUGUCGCACUAGCGACGUUUUCCCAUUGCUUUAAAGCGACGAGAAGGCACCGAUUCAAAGAGCUUCGCAUACAAGAAGACGGAUGUGACACUUCGACAUCUAAAGUUUCCCCAAGUGUCGAAACAAGCUGCGCAGAGUCUCCUGGUGUGCAAAGCUCUACAUGGAUUUCCGGCAGAA